UCCCCGGGCCCGCGUUGGAGGCAGCCGGCGUGUGCCUGGGGCAGCGGGUCACGAGGCUCCGCCCCCGGCAGCCCGGCCCCGGGGGACGCACUUUGUUCAGGAUGCCGCCUCCCCGCUCAUUGUGGGGCCGGGGCCGGCGGCGGCCCUAGUGUGAGCGCGCGGCUGGAGCGCGCGGCGGACGCCGACCCCCGAGCGAGGGCCGGACCCGGCCCGGGGACCCCGGAGAAACUUUCUUAUCGCGAGGAGAGCGCGCCCGGCCCCGCGCUGCGCUGGGAAUGCGCGGCUCUGCGCGGCGGCGGCGCGGACCGGGACCCGGAGCUGGAGCCGGGGAGGGCAGGCGCGCCGGAACACUCAACAGGACUUCAAGAGUUGGCCAUGGAAAGGACACGAGAGAGAGGAGAAUCAAAGAGGCAUACAGUCUUUUUUGGAAGAGCACUGCACUGAGAGCCGGGGCCUGACUUUGGAUCCCUCUUGCUCAUCUGUCCAGACAGUAGUCCUCAUUGCCACCUUGCCAACCAUGAAUGGGAUGGCCAAUGUGAACUCGGCCAGCCGGCCCCACUAUGCCUCCUCCAUACCUGUGCCUCGAGCUGCUUCCCAGACCAGGAUUCAUACACCGGGCGCCUCUCCCCAGCUGCGGCCACGCCAGGCUGGCCUGGCCCUGAGCCCCCAGCGUUCGGCCUCCCCGAGACUGGGCAAAGCAGGAGGCCCUUCCAGAAACUCCUCUCCUAAGGCCUCUCGGGGGAGAGGCUCCCCCAAGACUUCUGGGGCAGGGAGAGAGUCAGCUGAGGGUGGUGAAGGCCUCUCCAGCUCCCCAUGGAGCAGUCCCAGGGCAAGCCCAAAAGCUGCCCUCUCCAGCCGGGCUGGGUCCAGAAGAACUGGGGAGACACAAGGCACCCAGGGAAAGAAGAAGGUGGCUCAGGAAGGGAUUCCAGUCCGCCAGACCCGGGGCAGGAGCCCAUCCCGAAUGAGCUCUCAUGGAGAAACUCAAAUACCAGGGGCUCCUGAAGGUCGAAAACCUCCUAACCACCCGGGAAACUACAAAAGUCCAGGGAUCUCGAAGUCUUUGGAACCUGAUGCCGGGGCAGCAUCAGGGGCUUCUUCCCCAGUGUGCAGCCCUGUGCAGAGCAAGCGCCCCUCUCCCACCCCAGGGGCCAUCAGCUUCGCCUCGGUCCAUCAGCAGAGUCAGCCAGUCACAGCCACAGUAGCCCCCUUCCAGUACAGGCUUCAGACAGACCAGGAACCUGGUCCCGUCCCCCAGGCUAGCUGGGCCCUCGAUGGCUAUUCUGGCCCCCCUGGUGGGACUGAGGAGAGCUUCUCCUACACAGACGCGCGGAUCGUCCAUGCGCUCCUCGCGGGCAGAAUGCUGGGCAGCAGCGUCAAGAGCGUGCAGCCCGAGGUGGAGCUGAGCGGCGGCGGCGGCGGGGACGAGGGCGCGGACGAGCCUCGGGGCGCCGGUAGGAAGGCUGCAGCGGCGGACGGCAGAGGCAUGCUGCCCAAGCGCGCCAAGGCGCCCGGCGGCGGUGGCGGCAUGGCCAAGGCCAGUGCGGCCGAGCUGAAGGUCUUCAAGUCCGGCAGCGUGGACAGCCGAGUCCCCGGCGGGCCGCCCGCCUCCAACCUGCGCAAGCAGAAGUCGCUCACCAACCUCUCGUUCCUCACCGACUCGGAGAAAAAGCUGCAGCUCUAUGAGCCCGAGUGGAGCGACGAUAUGGCCAAGGCGCCCAAGGGCUUGGGCAAGGCGGGGUCCAAAGGCCGCGAGGCUCCGCUUAUGUCUAAGACGCUGUCCAAGUCAGAGCACUCGCUCUUCCAGGCAAAGGGCAGCCCGGCGGGCGGCGCCAAGACCCCCCUGGCUCCCCUCGCGCCCAGCCUGGGAAAGCCGAGCCGGAUCCCGCGCGGCCCCUACGCCGAGGUCAAGCCGCUCAGCAAGGCUCCUGAGGCAGCCGUGAGCGACGACGGCAAGUCGGACGACGAGCUGCUCUCCAGCAAGGCCAAGGCGCAAAAGGGCUCCGGGCCGGUGCCCUCCGCCAAGGGCCAGGAGGAACGCGCCUUCCUCAAGGUGGACCCCGAGCUUGUGGUGACCGUGCUGGGAGACCUGGAGCAGCUGCUCUUCAGCCAGAUGCUGGACCCAGAGUCCCAGAGAAAGAGGACAGUGCAGAACGUCCUGGAUCUUCGACAGAACCUGGAAGAGACCAUGUCCAGCCUGCGAGGGUCCCAGGUGACUCACAGCUCCCUGGAGAUGACCUGCUACGACAGUGACGACGCCAACCCUCGCAGUGUGUCCAGCCUCUCCAGCCGCUCGUCCCCUCUGUCCUGGCGCUAUGGCCAGUCCAGCCCGCGGCUGCAGGCUGGGGACGCGCCCUCGGUGGGCGGGGGCUGCCGCUCCGAGGGGCCGCCCGCCUGGUACAUGCACGGGGAGCGGGCCCACUACUCGCACACCAUGCCCAUGCGCAGCCCGAGCAAGCUCAGCCACAUCUCCCGCCUGGAGCUGGUCGAGUCCCUGGACUCGGACGAGGUGGACCUCAAGUCCGGCUACAUGAGCGACAGCGACCUCAUGGGCAAGACCAUGACGGAAGACGACGACAUCACUACCGGCUGGGAUGAGAGCAGCUCCAUCAGCAGUGGGCUCAGUGAUGCCUCGGACAACCUCAGCUCAGAAGAGUUCAAUGCCAGCUCCUCCCUCAACUCCCUCCCAACUACUCCCACUGCUUCUCGCAGGAACUCUACAAUAGUGCUCCGCACAGACUCAGAGAAGCGCUCACUGGCAGAAAGCGGGCUGAGCUGGUUCAGUGAAUCAGAGGAGAAGGCCCCCAAAAAACUGGAGUACGACAGUGGUAGCCUGAAGAUGGAACCUGGGACUUCUAAGUGGCGGAGAGAGCGGCCCGAAAGCUGUGAUGAUUCAUCCAAGGUUGGAGAACUGAAAAAGCCUGUCAGCCUGGGACACCCUGGUUCCCUGAAGAAGGGCAAGACCCCACCGGUGGCUGUCACUUCCCCCAUCACUCACACAGCCCAGAGUGCCCUCAAAGUCGCAGGCAAACCGGAAGGCAAAGCUACGGACAAGGGUAAACUUGCAGUGAAGAACACCGGGCUACAGCGCUCCUCCUCUGACGCCGGCCGGGAUCGCCUGAGUGAUGCUAAGAAGCCUCCCUCGGGCAUUGCUCGCCCCUCCACUUCGGGAUCUUUUGGCUACAAGAAGCCUCCUCCUGCCACAGGCACAGCCACUGUCAUGCAGACCGGGGGUUCGGCCACUCUCAGUAAAAUCCAGAAGUCCUCAGGCAUCCCUGUCAAGCCCGUGAAUGGACGCAAGACCAGCCUAGAUGUGUCCAACAGCGCAGAGCCCGGAUUCCUGGCUCCUGGCGCCCGUUCCAAUAUCCAGUACCGAAGCCUGCCCCGGCCAGCCAAGUCCAGUUCUAUGAGCGUGACCGGUGGGCGGGGCGGACCUCGCCCUGUUAGCAGCAGCAUUGACCCCAGCCUUCUUAGCACCAAGCAGGGGGGCCUUACACCCUCCAGACUGAAGGAGCCUUCCAAGGUGGCCAGUGGGCGGACCACUCCAGCCCCUGUCAACCAGACCGAUAGGGAAAAGGAGAAAGCCAAAGCCAAGGCGGUGGCCUUGGACUCAGACAACAUCUCCCUGAAGAGCAUCGGCUCCCCAGAGAGUACUCCGAAGAACCAAGCCAGCCACCCCCCAGCCACCAAGUUGGCAGAACUGCCACCAACCCCUCUCAGGGCCACAGCUAAGAGCUUUGUCAAGCCACCCUCCCUAGCCAACCUAGACAAGGUCAACUCCAACAGUCUGGAUCUGCCAUCGACGAGUGAGGCCCACGCUUCAAAGGUCCCAGAUCUGCAUCCUACAAGCUCAGCAACCGGGAGCCCUCUCCCUUCUUGCUUCACCCCUAGUCCAGCACCCAUUCUCAAUAUUAACUCAGCCAGCUUCUCCCAGGGCCUGGAGCUAAUGAGUGGUUUCAGUGUUCCCAAAGAGACCCGCAUGUACCCCAAACUCUCAGGCCUGCACAGGAGCAUGGAGUCCCUCCAGAUGCCAAUGAGCCUGCCCAGUGCCUUCCCCAGCAGUACCCCUGUUCCCACCCCCCCAGCCCCCGCUGCUGCACCCCCAGAGGAAGAGACGGAAGAGCUGACCUGGAGUGGAAGCCCCAGAACUGGGCAAUUGGACAGCAAUCAGCGGGAUCGGAACACUCUUCCCAAGAAAGGGCUCAGGUACCAGCUUCAGUCCCAGGAGGAGACCAAGGAGAGGCGACACUCCCAUACCAUUGGUGGGCUGCCCGAAGCCGACGACCAGUCAGAGCUGCCUUCCCCCCCUGCACUCUCCAUGUCCUUGAGUGCAAAGGGCCAGCUUACCAACAUAGUGAGUCCCACUGCGGCCACCACGCCAAGAAUCACCCGCUCCAACAGCAUCCCCACCCACGAGGCGGCCUUCGAGCUGUACAGCGGCUCCCAAAUGGGGAGCACCCUGUCCCUGGCCGAGAGACCCAAGGGGAUGAUUCGGUCAGGAUCCUUCCGAGACCCCACGGACGACGUUCACGGCUCAGUGCUGUCCCUGGCCUCCAGUGCCUCCUCCACUUACUCCUCAGCUGAAGAAAGGAUGCAAUCUGAGCAAAUCCGGAAGCUUCGUAGGGAACUGGAAUCGUCCCAGGAAAAAGUGGCCACCCUGACAUCUCAACUCUCUGCCAAUGCUAAUCUAGUGGCAGCUUUCGAGCAGAGCCUAGUGAAUAUGACAUCCCGUCUCCGACACCUGGCAGAGACAGCAGAGGAGAAGGACACCGAGCUGCUGGAUUUACGAGAAACCAUAGACUUUCUGAAGAAAAAGAACUCUGAAGCACAGGCAGUCAUUCAGGGAGCCCUCAAUGCCUCAGAAACCACACCCAAAGAACUCCGGAUCAAGAGGCAGAACUCCUCAGAUAGCAUCUCGAGCCUCAACAGCAUCACCAGCCAUUCCAGCAUCGGCAGUGGCAAGGACGCUGACGCAAAAAAGAAGAAGAAAAAGAGCUGGCUUCGAAGUUCCUUCAACAAAGCCUUCAGCAUAAAAAAGGGACCCAAGUCAGCUUCCUCAUACUCUGAUAUUGAGGAGAUUGCCACACCCGACUCCUCUGCCCCCUCAUCCCCCAAACUACAGCACGGCUCCACAGAGACUGCUUCGCCCUCCAUCAAGUCCUCCAACUCCUCCUCUGUGGGCAUUGAUGUCACCGAGGGCCCCGCCCACCCGGUUCCCCACACUAGGCUGUUCCACGGCAACGAGGAGGAGGAGCCGGAGAAGAAGGAAGUAUCAGAACUGCGCUCCGAGCUGUGGGAGAAGGAGAUGAAGCUCACAGACAUCCGCUUGGAAGCCCUCAACUCUGCCCAUCAACUGGACCAACUUCGGGAGACGAUGCACAACAUGCAGUUGGAGGUGGACCUGCUGAAAGCGGAGAAUGACCGGCUGAAGGUAGCCCCCGGCCCCUCAUCAGGCUCCACACCAGGGCAGGUCCCUGGAUCAUCUGCUUUAUCGUCCCCUCGCCGCUCCCUGGGCCUUGCCCUCACACAUUCCUUCAGCCCAAGUCUCACAGACACAGACCUGUCACCUAUGGAUGGCAUCAGUACUUGUGGUCCAAAGGAGGAAGUGACCCUUCGGGUGGUGGUGAGGAUGCCCCCCCAGCACAUCAUCAAAGGGGACUUGAAGCAACAGGAAUUCUUCCUGGGAUGUAGCAAGGUCAGUGGAAAAGUUGACUGGAAGAUGCUGGAUGAAGCUGUUUUCCAAGUGUUCAAGGACUAUAUUUCUAAGAUGGACCCAGCCUCCACCCUUGGACUGAGCACCGAGUCCAUCCAUGGCUAUAGCAUCAGCCAUGUGAAGCGAGUAUUGGAUGCAGAGCCCCCAGAGAUGCCUCCCUGCCGCCGGGGCGUCAACAACAUAUCGGUCUCCCUCAAAGGGCUGAAGGAGAAGUGCGUCGACAGCCUGGUGUUUGAGACGCUGGUCCCCAAGCCGAUGAUGCAGCAUUACAUCAGCCUCCUGCUCAAGCACCGGCGCCUCGUCCUCUCGGGCCCCAGCGGCACAGGGAAGACCUACCUGACCAACCGGCUGGCUGAAUACUUGGUGGAGCGUUCCGGCCGCGAGGUCACGGAGGGCAUCGUCAGCACUUUCAACAUGCACCAACAGUCUUGCAAGGAUCUGCAACUGUAUCUCUCCAACCUGGCCAACCAGAUAGACCGGGAGACAGGAAUUGGGGAUGUCCCCCUGGUGAUCCUGUUGGAUGACCUGAGUGAAGCAGGCUCCAUCAGUGAGCUGGUCAAUGGGGCUCUCACCUGCAAGUACCACAAAUGUCCUUAUAUUAUAGGUACCACCAAUCAGCCGGUAAAAAUGACACCCAAUCAUGGCUUGCACUUGAGCUUCAGGAUGCUGACCUUCUCCAACAACGUGGAGCCAGCCAAUGGCUUCCUGGUUCGUUACCUGAGGAGGAAGCUGGUCGAGUCGGACAGCGACAUCAAUGCCAACAAGGAAGAGCUGCUUCGGGUGCUCGACUGGGUACCCAAGCUGUGGUACCAUCUCCACACCUUCCUUGAGAAGCACAGCACCUCAGACUUCCUUAUCGGCCCUUGCUUCUUUCUGUCCUGUCCCAUUGGCAUUGAAGACUUCCGGACCUGGUUCAUUGACCUGUGGAACAAUUCUAUCAUUCCCUACCUACAGGAAGGAGCGAAGGAUGGGAUCAAGGUCCAUGGACAGAAAGCUGCUUGGGAGGACCCAGUGGAGUGGGUCCGGGACACUCUUCCCUGGCCAUCAGCCCAACAAGACCAGUCGAAGCUGUACCACUUGCCUCCACCUACCGUGGGCCCUCAUAGCAUUGCCUCACCUCCUGAGGAUAGGACAGUCAAAGAUAGCACCCCAAGUUCUCUGGACUCGGACCCUCUGAUGGCCAUGCUGCUGAAGCUUCAAGAAGCUGCCAAUUACAUUGAGUCUCCAGAUCGAGAAACCAUCCUGGACCCCAACCUCCAGGCCACACUUUGAGGGCCCAACAGUCCCUGUCACCCCGGACAGCAGAAUGCCGGCAGGAGCGACGUUCUCUCCUCCUCUCCCCUCUCUUCUUCCAGAGCACUGGCUCUCCGGCCCAAGAGGAGAACAGGAGGGGGAGGAGGAGGUGAAGGAAGAGGGCAGGUUCUUGGUGCUGCACCUUCGAGAACUUCCUAGGAAGGACUGGUGGGGUGGAGUUUGGAAACUUGUGUCCCCUAGAUCCAUUUACUGGCCUCCUCUCAUGACUUUGGGGAAAAGAUGAUUCUGGGUCUUUUUCCUUGAUUUCUUGUCUCAAUUAGAAACUCCUAGGCUUUCUGGGGAGGGGCUCAGAAGACAUCAGCAAAACCUGCAGCAGUUCCUAAAUGAUUCUCAUGAACAGCUCUGAGAGAGACAGCCCUGUGUGGGGAAAUCUGAGGGAGGUGGAAGCUCCCCAGAAUUUCUCACAGACCCUUCCGAGUUCUGUCACCACUGCCAAUCACUCUUCUUCCCCCAGAGAUCUGGCUGGAGCCAAGAAAAAGAAGCAUGUGGUUUAAAAAAUGUUUAAAUCAAUCUGUAAAAGGUAUUUAAAAAAAAAAAAAAAAAAAGGAAAGAUGAAGCUGGAGAGAGAGGAAACAGUUGCCAAGGUAGAGAGAGCGCUGCCCAUCCCUGGAUGACAUAAGGGAUGAUGACAAGAUGGCUGCCUAUCUCAGAAGUCACCACACCACAAAAAUAACAUUCCAGCCUUCAGAGAAAGACUGCUAGCCCUGUCUUACACCCUCUAAUUUAACAUGCAUGACAGUCAAUAAACCCUACUUUUUUUAUUUUUUAUUUUCGCUUUUUGUUUCGUUUCUUUUUUUUCCCCUCCCAUGUGCCUAUUGAUUUUCCUUUUCUUUCUUUUCUUUCUUUCUUUCUUUCUUUCUUUCUUUCUUUCUUUCUUUCUUUCUUUCUUUCUUUCUUUCUUUCUUUCUUCCUUCCUUUCUUUCUUUUGCCCCCCCCCCCCCAUCUCCUCUCAUGCCCGCAAAAUGCUUGGAUUGCUUUUCCUGGGCCUAGUUUGGCUUUGCCAAGUGGGUUUUCUCUGGAGAAUCUGAUGCCAUCUAACUGGCCCUAGCUAGAUACCUGCCACCCCACUAUCUCUGGCGUCCUUGGGACUUAUAUGAGACAUGAAGCAUUGGCUCAGGCAGAAGUAGAAGAACCUUGACUUCCCUUUUGAGAAAGCACACGUUUUGCUUGGAUGCUCAGCUGUCAGUCUCUGACUUAAAAGGGUACCGCCCCGUGUUGAUAGACGAUCUACUCUGAGCUUCACACUGGACUGGGAGGAAAACCAGGAAACUAGAACUAUUCCUUUGUCUUGUGGCCUGUUUGGCCCCUCACUGCCCUAUUCUGAUGGCACCCACUCUGCUCGACUGAAUCCAAAAUCCCUAGCUGGCCUUUAUUAUUUGUUUUUGACAAGUAAAUAUUCACCUAUAAGAGACUGGACAUCCGUGUGAAAUACUCCCAGUCAGAAUAUAAGGCUCAAGGAAUUUGAUUUGGUGGCAAAGAUCUGCCUUCCAAAGGGAUCCACCUGUAGCAGAAGUUGCCCCAAAGGUCUGGCAGUCUGUAUGCCUUCAUUCAACAAACACUUACGGAGUACUCACUGUCUGUCACUAGGUUUAAAAAAAAAAAAAUGACGAGACUUGAGCCCUUAUAUUCACAACCUAGUAGGAAAUCUUAACCUCCAUUAAAUGCACAUCUUCUUAUCUAGACCCUCAGGAUCAUCUAAGAAAUGUAGCCAAAACCCAAGUUGCCAGCUAGAAAGAAGCCUUUGAUUAGAUGUCCAAUACACGGGGGGUAGAAGGUCUGGGGAUCAGUCAAGAUGGACCCUGAAGGACUACGGAAUCUUGCUUUAUCUCAAGUGGGCAAGUUCUCUUCCCGCCAUUUCUGGAAGACCCUGUGGGACCAGAUCCAGGUUGAACCGCCUGGUGAAGAUGAAGUCUCAGGGUUCUGCAGAUCAAAGAUAUGUGAUCAGCCUGGGUCCAAGCACUUGUUGUUCAGAUUCCUAAGUAGCACAAGACCUUAUCAGAACUUCUAGGCGUAUGAACCUGGACCAUUCUGUCCUCCCCAACCAAGGAAUACAUGCAUCGGACUCUUCACAUCAGGAUAUUUCCAUUUAGGUCCAAAAGAUGGUUUGGGUUGCUCCCCACGAAAGCUUCUGCAUUCACCUGGUAGCUCCCAGGGAUGACAGGGUCCUCUAUGAUGGAGACUAUUACUGCUUUUGCUGCUAAGUCCGUGAGCUGUGAAGAUCCCCAACCAACUCAGCUGUAAAAUAUGCAAUUCUGUGGUGGGAAGAGGAUGUUUGUUCAAGGAUGGUGCUGAAAUCACUGCCUUAAGGUCUCUGCUGUGCAGAAUGAGGACACCCCAGAGCUGGGUGUUCUAACUUGGAAGGAAGGGAAGACCGGAUGGGCCUUCUUUGGACCGAGGCCUCUUCUGAACCCUGUCCUUAGCUCCAGUCCCAUGGCAAGGCUCAGACUUGUAAUGCCACCUUGAUAAGGUGGUUGAGCCUUUAAUUCUCUACUUUCUGGUGCUGCCCAGCCAGUGCCUUCUAGCAUGGAUGUUACUGGCUACUUGAGAAAAAGGAAAGGGGAGAGCCCCUUCCUCCAUUCCAACUGCCUCAGACCCCCAAAGGGAUUCUUGUCUCCCUGGUAACCAUGGAUACCACCGGGAAUUUUCCUUGGAUCCUCAACAGGUUGAUUCUGGAGGCCUCUCCUGGUAUGAAUUUUAAUCUCUAUUCUUGGGACCCACCACCCUCUACUCUGAGUUGACUGCUGCAUUUAGCCCAGGUCUCUAGUUGCUUUCCUCCAAAAAGCGUGUUCCCGUCUAAUGAGGUAGCACUGCAGCCUCAGCUUUCCCUCUGGAGCCUGGGACCCUGUUUACAGUUGCGCACUUGGGCCCCUCAUUGUGGGGAUCUAUCAUCUCACCAAGGAAUCAUGGUUAUGUGGCAACUGCAGAAGGUUGAGCCUCCUCAUGGUGCUAUAACCCCUUGGGGUGCUCAUCCAGACUUCUCUGAAGCAGAAAAGCUGAGCUCCCCCUUACUGCCCUGGAGUUGAUGGCAAGAGCAAAUCCACAGCAUUCUCUCCUACCUACGCACGUGCUUCUUAGUUGAGGCUACUGGGAUCCCUCCAAAAAUGAAAACUGGGUCCCCCAGCUAAAUUCUCAGCCCCCAGGCACCUUCAGAAGAACCCAGCCUGUCUAGGACUGGGAUGUGUGCUCUCCCCUUCCUCUCCAGACCCUCAUCUCCAUUCCUCACCAAAGUGGGCUAGCAGAGGACAUGGGUCAAUACCCAAAAUCAACUUCUGAGGAGAGCCACAACUGCAGGAGAGGUUCCUCAGCAGAGUCCCUCUCAUUUCUGGAUGAAGACAACCAACACAUUUUGUCCAGUGUAUGUGUUUCUCAAUCCCUGCCUAGGCAUUAAAAAUAAAAUACUAGGUAAUUGGAGGCUAA